AUGGCCACUACAGAUCUGAGGCAGUGGAAUACAUUUCUAUCUGAACGGUUCGCAGUCAGCACCAUCCUCCAGUGUUGCUAUGUUGUAGUGGGUGUCUUGGGGAACUUUCUUGUUAUCAUGAUGUAUAGAUUUAAGAUGAGGAACCAGAAAGAGGACCGCUUCUUUAUCCCUGUACUGGCGGUGGUGGAUCUGACUGGCUGUGUAACCUCAGCCUCGCUAUCACUCACCCAGAACCUGUUCCCGGUGAUGUUUCCCGCGGACGUUGUCUGUAAGUUCCUAUUUUUCAGUACUUCAGUGACAAUCAUUAGCUCUCUGCUCCUCCUGUUCGUGAUCUCAGUUCAGCGGUACCAGAAGAUCUGUCGGCCGUUUGGUUGGCAGAUGACGGAGCGGCAUAAGUAUUGUUGUGUAGCACUGACGGUGUUUUGUGCUGGACUGUUAUCUGUCCCUGUCCUUGUCCUGUAUGGUAACCACCCCAUACAUAAAACUAACAUCACAGGGGUUGUUUGUGGAGUCGGUACUGGCAAACACACUGAUUUGGCUGUUUACAAUUACGUUAUCUUGAGUCUAGAAUGCAUCGCCGUAGGAAUAAUGUCUUUCCUGUACUUUUUGGUCGGUAAGAGAGUUUUCUACAGUUUUAAAAGUAUGAAAAGUUACAAGCGUAAAUUUUCAAUAUCAAAGAAUUCCAAUGCAGCAGUACACUGUCCGUCAGAAGAUGAAAGUUUUAUAUCAAAGGAGAGCGCUGAAAUCAAAAACAAAGACGAAGAGAAACGUGACGAAACCCAGCUAAGGACGGAAAAUGCAGUAGUCAUCAGCAAAGAGAAUAAAAACUCUGAAUCCAUUCCAAGUGGCGGGAGCAACACCGGCACAGAGACAAUGUCAAGGCCCACAACUAAAAAAACAAUGGGGAUCGAGAGGGUUCUGGACAGGGGCGUUGAUAUCAAUGACCAUGACCCACGGGGAACUGGUCUCACAGAAUCCUUAGCAGAGGGCGGCCCCAUUUUCUCAUUGGAGGCGGUGGAUGCUCAAGAUAAUUCUUGUGCUGAGGAAGUCGGUCCUGUAGAAAAAGACAUUGUCGAUGUGUAUAAGUCUUCUAACAACAAGGAGAACAAGAUGUCGAAACAAAUCAGAAAUCAGAAUGUUCCGUUUCUCAGUAGCAAGAGAAACGAAAGCGUUCCCGUUUUUGAAAAGCAAAGGAACCUAAGCACAACGUCUUUUAGUAAAAGAAAGAAUCAAAGUGCACCCUCCUUUCAAAAAAACAGAAAUCAAAGUGUGUCAUCUUUCAAGAAGGACCGGAAAACUUCAAAUGUUGAUUCUAUAUCUAGUAACAAAAACAGUUGUGCGGUCCAUCGUUAUACUAUAAUGUUCAUCGUCAUAUCGUUCGUUGCUAUCGUUACUUACAUUCCUCCGUGGAUAUUCAUCAUAAUGGAGACGCAGGACCACGAAUUCUGGAGUGGUCUAACAUACGGCGAAAGCAUGACUUUUCUCAUUAUCCGGCGGAUUUACAUCAUCAACCAUGUGGUCAAUCCUGUCAUAUAUGGACUUUUUGACGGGCGUUUCCGGUACGCACUUAAAAAAAUGCUCUGUCCAAAAGUGGAUAUCAACUUUUAA